CUUCCCCGUCCUCAGAAAGCGCUAUUCUCGGCAGAAGACCGGUGGAGACUUUUAAAAGUACUCACAAUGAUUUUUGAGGAGCAACGGUUCAUCCACGAGGACCUUGAGCGGCUGGAGCAGGCGAUUGCCGACCGCGUUGCUGAAGAGCCCCGUACGAUUAGAGAUCGCCUGGCUCGCGAUCAUGAGGUCGCUCAUUUUCUGAAUCGCAUCGAAGAUCAGUCCAAGAGGUUGCUCGAUAUCUACCAAGAUGCCGACGGCGUGCGUGAGAAGGAACUCCAGGCCGUCUCGACCGGUGAUCAGUUCGAGGAGUUCUACAGACAGCUGGAUGAAAUAAAGGAUUUCCACAAGCGCUACCCUAACGAGCCAGUGGAGAACCUCGAGCGCGCCUAUAAGCGCCGUCAACCUGGGGAGGGUGAGCCGACCGGAAUGGAGAUUGACAACUUGUUCACGGGUGAAGAGGGUUAUGGACAGUACUUGGACCUUACGACAUUGCACGAAGACUACCUGAAUUUGCCUGGGAUCAAGCGACUCACCUACGUGCAAUACCUGGACGUGUUCGAUGUGUUCACCCCCCCGCAACUUCCUAUUAAGCGAAACAACAAGCUCUCCGACCGGUAUUUCAAGUACGUCGGCGAACUCGCCAACUAUCUCGAAAGCUUUAUCAAGAAGACGAAGCCGCUACAAGAUCUGGACAAGCUUUUUGCCAGCCUCGAUGAGGAAUUUGAGAAGCAGUGGGCAGCUAACGAAGUCCCCGGUUGGACCGAGGAGGUUGCUGAGAUUGGCACUCAAGUUCCCAAGACCGAGGGUUCCGGAGAAGGCAUCUGGUGUGCGGACUGCGAGAGGGAGUUCAAGAAUGAGAACGUCUACAAGAACCACUUGACUGGUAAGAAACACAUCCGGGCCGCCGAGGCCCGCAAGGCUUCUGGGGAUUCCGGUGUCAGACCAGCACCAUCUGCAGGCAGCGGCACAUCAUCUGUCGCCCACCGUCUCAAGGAGCGUGCGGUGGCAGAGAGAGAACACCGCGCGCGUUCCUUGACGCAAGUGCUUCAGCCCGAACGCCAAGCAACCAAGAUCAACGUGGAGCGCAGACAGGGUAUGACUGAACGGGAACGCCAGAUGGAACUCGAGGCCUUGCUUAACGACGCUGAGAACCCUGGAGGUGAUCGCGCUGGCGAUCAGUCAGAUGAAGAUGACGAAGAUCGGAUCUACAACCCCCUUAAACUGCCACUUGCUUGGGAUGGCAAGCCGAUCCCGUACUGGCUGUACAAACUGCAUGGCCUGGGAGUGGAGUAUCCUUGUGAGAUCUGCGGUAACUUUGUGUAUAUGGGUCGUCGUGCCUUUGACAAGCAUUUCUCCGAAGCUCUGCAUAUCUUCGGUUUGAAGUGUCUGGGAAUUACGUCUAAUACCAACCUCUUCCGUGAGAUCACUAGCAUCGAGGACGCAAUCCGACUCUGGACCAAGCUAGAGCAGGACCGCAAGAAGGACAGAGACGGCCGCGACAACGUGGUGCAGAUGGAAGACGCAGAGGGCAAUGUGAUGCCAGAGAGGAUCUACCUCGAUCUCCAGAAACAGGGUAUCCUGUAACGGCAACUUCAGUUUCUUCUCUCUUUCUGUCAUUUGCAUCAUCUUUCUACAUUACUCAUAUUCAAAAGCCUGGAGUUUGGUGGGUGUCUUUUCUCAAUUUCCAUAAUGUUGCGUGAAUCCCUGGGAUAUCGUUGGUUGGGCACGACUGUAUAAGAGCAGGUCAGACUCUGAGAAGAUGCAGCCUGCGUUUCAUGUAUUCUACUACACCCGACUACUGCCAUCUCUCGAAGCAAUAGAAGAAGAAAAGGUGACCGCAAGUCACCUGGUCACGACUAUCCGCUCAAUGCCAUAUAACUAAG